UCUCAAAAGCCCACUGCCCAGUUCUGAAACUAGAAAAAAAAAUCUGGAAAUGGCUGCCUAUGGAGCUCUAGUUUCUCUAGUGCAAAUCAUAGUUCAAAUUCAAUCUCAUCCACAACCUCCUAUUUCCCUCGAUCAAAAACAGAUUGAAUAUCUCACUCAACUUAUUACUUUCCUCCAAAACUUUCUCGAAGGCUAUUCUUCCAAUGCUGGCUACACCGAAGAAGAAGAUUUCUGGGAGCGUCGCAUUGCAGAAGCAGCUUACGAUGCUGAAGAUGUAAUCGAGUCAUAUAUCGUGGAUCAAAUUCUUGCUAGGUCAGGCAAUGAUGUUGUAAAGAUCAGCUCCAUUGAAUUCUAUCAAGGUGCGCAGAAGGUGAUAGAAAACAUGAAUUUGAUCAAGAUUGGUAUUAAAGAGAAGAUGGUAGUCCAAAAUCAACAACACAUCAUAAAGUCUAUUACCACUGUUGCUUCAGGUUCUUGGACAAGAGUAUAAUACAUGGGAAAUUCUUAGACAAGUUCUUGGACAAGUAGACAAGAGGAUCGAGGGUGAUUUGAGUGAAGAUGAAUUAGGAUUACAUUUGCACAAAUAUUUGGUAGGAAGAAGAUAUUUUAUUGUGAUGGAUGAUAUGUGGAAUAUUGAAGCAUGGGAUGGAGUUAGGAUAUUCUUUUCCUGAUAAUAGAAAUGGCAGUAGAAUAGUAGCGACUACAUGGCUAUCAAACUUGGCGUCUCAAUUAAACAACUCAAAUAGUCUUGAUAUAAACUUUUUGGAUGAGUAUGCUAGUUGGAACUUAUUUUCCAAUACUAUAUUUGGAAAAGAAAGUUGUCCUCUUGAGUUGGAAGAUAUUGGAAAGAAGAUUGUGAAAGGUUGU